UGUUUGGAUGCUUAAAGAAGAUUAUUUGAAGACGACUUUUAGAAUCAAAUAGCAUGGAUCCCAGCAGUGACUAUCAUUUCCUCAAUCACAUUUUGUGGAGAAGGGUGAAACUCACAUUGGUUUGUGGCAUCUUCGAAGGUGUGCUUCAGCAUGUGGACUCUAACAAGAUUGUUGUCCUAAAGAAAGUGAAGAAUGUGGAGACGGGUCGAAGUGUCCCAGGAGUGAAGAUGUUUUUUGGGCAUGAGAUUGUGAAUGUGGAACUACUAGAUGAAGUGGAACAAGGUGCAGUGAGAGAAAAGGCAUCUUCUGUUAGUCUAAAUAUGGAAAGAACCAGGAUGGAUAAAAUGAAUGACAAAAGUGUAAAUGAAUGUGAGCCUGCUUCUCCUGCCCCGAAGACACCAACAACCUCUAUGCUGAAUGACUUCAAGUAUAGCCCAUCAGAGGAAGAGGAGGUGACAUACACAGUCAUUGAUCAGUUCCAGCAGAAGUUUGGUGCUGCAAUGCUCCACAUCAAGAAGCAGAGUGUCGUGAGUGUGGCAGCAGAAGGAGCCAAUGUGUGUCGUCAUGGAAAACUGUGUUGGCUUCAGGUAGCCACAAAUAGCCGAGUUUACUUGUUUGAUAUUUUCCUUCUGGGAAGUCGUGCUUUCAACAAUGGACUUCAGAUGAUAUUAGAGGACAAGAAAAUUUUGAAGGUUAUCCACGAUUGUCGUUGGCUUUCUGAUUGCCUCUCUCAUCAGUAUGGAACUUUGCUGAAUAAUGUCUUUGACACACAGGUAGCAGAUGUCCUUCAAUUUUCCAUGGAAACGGGCGGCUUUCUUCCAAACUGCAUCAGUACUUUGCAGGAGAGUUUGAUCAGGCACCUGAAAGUAACCCCUAAAUAUCUCUCCUUUCUAGAAGAGAGACAAAAGCUGAUUCAGGAAAAUCCAGAAGUGUGGUUCACACGACCUCUUUUACCCUCUUUACUGAAAAUUUUGGCCCUAGAAGCUACCUACCUGUUACCCCUUCGCUUGGUACUACUGGAUGAGAUGAUGUCUGACCUAACUACCCUGGUGGAUGGGUACCUAAAUACCUAUCGAGAAGGGUCUGCAGACAGGCUUGGAAGCACUGAGCCUACAUGUAUGGAGCUGCCAGAGGAACUGCUUCAAAUCAAGGACUUCCAGAAGCAGCGCAGAGAGAGAGCUACAAAAGAAUAUAGAAUGAAUGCACAGGGACUCCUAAUAAGGACAGCGCUACAUCCAAAGAGAUUAGUCAUGGAGACAGCAGGGAAAGAGGAAAAAGUCAGAGGUUUCUUACCUUGUAAAAAUUCUGGGGUAGAUAAAGCUCCAAGUUUUAUAUCCCAUGAAUUUCAUGAGGAUGUGAAUUUUCUGAAAGGAGAAUCUAAGAAUAAACAAACUACAACAAAAUCUCAACAUCUACCUCCCAUUAAGGAAGAAGCCAGUGAAGAUUCCAGUAACAAACUCAUUUGCCCUGAAUCAAAGGGGUCAGAGGACCAGAGAAUAACUCAAAAAGAAGACUUUAUGAUACACAAACAUGAGUUUCAGGCAAGUUUAUCUUUGAAAGAAGAGAUAGAACAGUUAUUGAUGGUGAAAAACAAGGAAGAUUUAAAACGCACAAAACAAGAUGUUUCAGUGUCUCUUUCUCUUCCUCAGGAAACAAGAGUGUCCCCAAGUGACGCCUUUCAUCCUUUAAGAAAAGCUGUGCUUUCCACACUCCCUCCCUGUCCAGCCUUGGAGAAGACUGAUUCCUGGAUAAAUCCUCUAAAUCUGCCUUAGUGAUAUGCAGUUUGUUUUUAAGGUCAUAAAGGUGGCUCAUUUCCCUUGCCAUCAGGGCCUCCCUCAGUGCCUAAGUUUCUCAUGUUGUUAGUUUAGUUAUGCCUCACUCAUGGGCUUUGGGGGCAGUUACAUCCUCAUGCUUACUCCUACAUUCCUGGUAUUUGGAUUAGGAUGGGAAUGAACAAGUUAAAUAAUGAAAGA